GAUUCCUCUACCGACCUACAUCUCCAACCGUGCUUAGCGACACAUUUCAGAAACAUGAAGGCCACUGUACAAUCUAUCACCCGGAUGGGUAUGAUACUAGCGAUGUUUAGAGCGUCAGCAACGGCACAGAAUCUGUCGUUUGGAGCCAACAAUUUCUACCGCAGCGACAAUGUAACGAUUCAGCCGAUCACGUUUCCCAAUUUGUUCAAGACGAUUGUCGCGGGCAAUCUCUUCACUCCCAACGACAUCGGCUUCAAUCACUCAGCUAUUGUCAUCAGUCAUCCCGCAGGAGCGGUGAAGGAACAGAGUGCGAACCUGUACGCCACCAAGUUAGCUGAGCAGGGAUUCGUUACUAUUGCGCUCGAUCUCGCUUUCUUCGGAGGCAGCGAGGGUGAGCCACGUCAGUCAGUAGCUCCAGAACUCUAUGCAGAGUCCUUUAGUGCGGCAGUAGACUAUCUCGGUCUGCUAGACUUCGUGGAUCGUAAUCGUAUUGGUGGGCUUGGCAUUUGUGGUAGUGGCUCUUACAUUAUCAGCGCUGCGAAGAUUGAUCCACGUCUAAAGGCUAUUGCAACCUCAAGCAUGUACGAUAUGGGGUCUGCCUUUCGAAAUGGUCUGAGGAAUGGGACUAGCGCUGAAAUGCGUAAGGCAAUGAUAGCCGCAGCAGCAGAGCAACGCUGGACCGAAGCCGCAGGUGGCAAAACUGAAUAUAACCUGGGCACACCGCUAGCUAUCACGAACGACUCAACCGCUAUCGACCGCGAGUUCUACGACUUUUAUCGCACUUCACGCGGCGAAUACACGCCCCCAGGAUCGUUCCCAAAUAUCACGACAGGCACAGCAAUUUCAAGCAGUAUAAAGCUGGCAAAUUUCUACCCAUUCAACAACAUUGAGGAUAUUUCGCCUCGUCCUUUGCUUUUCAUCUCAGGCGACCAGGCCCACUCUCGCGAAUUCAGUGAGAAUGCUUAUAGACUUGCUGCUGAGCCGAAGGAGCUUUUAUGGAUCCCAGGUGCUGGCCAUGUUGACCUCUACGAUCGUACAGAUCUCAUUCCGUGGGGUAGGAUCACCGAAUUUUUCCGCACACAUCUUAGCAUUUAAAGUCGAAUGUGGCUACGCACAACGUUCUUUCUUAGAAUUGAUCGACUCAUAUACAUACUGCCUUAUUCAGUCAUACGUGUGGCAAAAUCUGGUGAUCACGUUCUUCUUUCACAUGUUUGUCGUGUAAGAAGCAAAAGUGAGUUUGAACUAGCGCAUAUCGUUCUUAGUUAGUUACUGUGAUUACAGGCAUAAGUUGUGUAGGCGGGUCGGCAUGUCAGGGGUGCCCAUCGGAUGGUGCGGAAUGGCCCCUUGACAAAAUUAC